UUUCUUCUGUAAUUCUUUACACUGUUUACUUCUAAAAAAUGCUUAUAGCCACGGUCGCAUGGGUAAUUCCCUGAUGUAAAUUCUGGUUCGCAUAUUUUUGGAAAAAAGCGUACGGUGAAAGAGCCUACGGAUGGUAAAGAAAGUGAAGCAUCGCGAUAUUUGGCGGUGCCGCGCGUUUGGCGCGCAAUUCGGGGCGUUGCGGUGUGAUGGCGGGCGGCUGCCGCAGCCGAAGUAGGAAGCAGAGGACGUGUUGUGGGCAUUGGUCUCCUGGACUUUAAGAACAUGAAGUUCAAGAUAGGAAAUUGAAAUGAUUUCUGCAAGAGUAGAAACAUGGCUGGAAGCAACGUGGCAUGUCAAAGUUCCUUCACAUUGGCUUCAAGCAUGUUUAGAUUGGAUCCAACAAGAGAACCGAGGUACUACUUUAACACAGGCCCUUAUCAAUAAACAAGUAUUUGAGCAAUGGCUUCUUACUGACCUCAGGGAUCUGGACUACCAAAUUUUGCCAGAUGGAAUCUCGGAAAUGCACAAAAGUGAGCUCAGAGGAUUUUACUGUUUGCAAGUUGAUUCGUUGGUUGAUGUCAGUCAACCUGCAUACAGCCAGCUGCAAAAAGUUAGGGGUAAGGACAUCACUAAUGAACAAGUAACUUCAACGGAAAUAUCGCAGAGAUCUUGGGAAGCCAAACCAACUCGAAUGUUAAUGCUACAAUUAACUGAUGGAGUCCAGGGGCUCCAAGCGAUGGAAUACCAACCUAUAACUGCUCUUCAUUGCAACCUAUCACCAGGCACAAAAAUCUUGUUGCUGGGUAAUAUUGCUUGCCGAUUAGGAGUCCUGCUGCUGAAACCUGAAAAUGUGAGGGUCCUUGGGGGUGAAGUGGAGACCCUUGUGGAAGAAAACUCCCAAGCGAGAAUACUUGCAAGGUUAAUUGGAGAAUCAGAUGAUGCUGCUGUAACGAAAAUGAAUAGUAAUGAUCAACCUAUUACUGAAAGGACUAAUGGUAUGCCACAGCUGCUGGAAACUUCAGACGAUGAGCUAUUAGCUGGCUUUGAUGAUGAUGAUGAUCUGUUUUUGGACCCAAAUUUGGAUUCUGAAAGUGGAUAUGGUAGUAAGACAGGCAAUUCAAGCAGUAUCUCACAUAGUACACAGCAUCUAACCGGUGCUCUGGUUGAUCAAGGGCAACACAGGGAGUGCCAGUCAUCACAAAUAUCCAGAGGAUUUCAAAGUGAAGAUUUACAAGAUAACGAUGAUGAAGAUUUUGAUGAGUUUCCCUUGGAUGAACUGGAUGAUGAUUUGUUUAAUGCGGAAAUGGAGCCAACUGGAGAAAUAAAUAAAUCCCCUAAAUCUCACACAUUGUUAGCAGAAGAAUUGCAGAGAAGUAAUAAAAGAUCCAUUGAACUUGUGGGAGAAAAUAGCAAAUCUAGCCUAUGUCGAGAGCCAAGUGUAAAAGCUGUUGAUAUUGGUUCUGACCAGAGGUUACAAAGCCAUCUUAAACACUUUACAAGCAGUAGAUAUACUGAAAAUGCAGAGGAAUGUUCCAUGCUAAGUAAUUUAAGUUCUAAAAAUUCACACAGUUUACUAAGAAAAUCAGACAUUAACUCUGUAGAUAGAAAUAUAAAUAUUGCCACUAUGGAACAAGAAUAUAAACAGCAUGUGGUAUGUGACCUCUCUGACAAGAGACUAUUUCAUGUUACUAAUUCUAAAAAUGUGUAUGUUACAUCUGAAUUAAUAGGCAACUCAAGAGGAACGAGAUAUCACAGUGGUUCAGUAGAAUUGAAAUCUCCACCAUUUACAUAUCUAAAAAUUCUGUUGGAUAAGAAGCCUGAUGUAAUAACUGUGGUACAAAUUAAAGGCUUCAUUGUUACAUUAAUUGACAAACUUACAAGUAAUAGGGGCCUUUGGAGCAUCAGAGCUAAAAUAUCAGAUGGUACUGCCUACAUGGAUGUAGAACUUGAGGAUGACAUUUUAAGAAAUCUAAUUGGUUUCUCAGUAGAUGAAAUGAGAGUCUCAAUAAAAUGCCCCAGCAAACAGAAAGAAGUGACUGUAGGGUUGCAGAAAUGCCAACAAGAGUUAGUGGACCUUUGUUGUCUGAUGACCAUUGAAUUUAAUCCAGCUCUUACUACUGCUAGAGUUGUGACUCUCCAUGAAGUAAGCGUAGAUGAUCUGCAGGCAUUGAAACACCGUGUACACAAAGAAAGGAUUGUGUUAGAUAGUUAACUAAAUGGCAAUAUUGCCAUAUGUUCUCUCAUGACAUGUUUAAUCAAAUGAAAAUUAAAUGUUUUUAUGUUAUUUGUGAAACUUGCUAUAAGGAAUAAACUUUUCUA